AGCGAGGCCACUAGGGGAUCAUUAGUUGAAAGAACAAUUCUUGAGACUUUUCUCUCGCGACUCAGAUCGAUACGACAUCCCCGGCAUCUUAAGAAGAGAUGGCUUUCCUUCAGUACCUGAUCGUGGCAGUCGUGGUGGCCGGCUCCCAGGCGAAGUCGCUGGUGGACCGGCAGACCGGGUGCCAGACGUUCUGCCCGUUUGUGUUCAUGCCUGUGUGCGGGUCUAACGGACAGACCUACAGCAACGAGUGUCAUCUGAACGUGCAGGCCUGUCAGCUGGCCGCCCAGUUCUUGAACGAGCCUGACUUCGAGCCCCUGACGGUGUCCCACAAUGGGAUGUGCGGAAACAACAAGCGCCAGAUCAACACCGCCGCCGACUGUCCCACGUUCUGCACCUUCCAGUUCGCCCCGGUCUGCGGCAGCAACGGCCAGACCUACGGCAACACCUGCCAGCUCAACAGCGCCGCCUGCAUGUCGAGGUAAGAACUCUUCAACAACCCCGAGGCUGAGCCCAUCACCCUCGCUCACCCGGGCAUGUGCUCCCAGGCGAAGUCCCUGGCUAGCCGACAGACCACGUGCCAGAGCUUCUGCCCGCUGAUCUUUAUGCCUGUGUGCGGGUCUAACGGCCAGACCUACAGUAACAUGUGUGACCUCAACGUCAACGCCUGUCAGCUGGCCGUACAGUUCUCCAAUCAGGCUGACUUCGAGCCGCUGAUCUAUGCACAUGGCGGCGCGUGCGCUAGGAAGACCGAGAAGCGCCAGUUUACGGACUCCGCCAGCGGCUGCCCGAUGUUCUGCACCCUCCAGCACGCUCCGGUCUGCGGCAGCAACGGUCAAACCUACGGCAACUCCUGCUUCCUCAACAGCGCCUCCUGCAUGGCGACCUUCAACGACCCCGAUUCCGAGCCGAUCACCCUGGCACACCAAGGCGGCUGCAAUGGGGAGGGGAUGCUCUUUCCGGACAUUGGGCCAGUGAUGGUGUCCUAAACAUUCCACCCGCUUGGUGGCGCUGCAGUGAUGGUGUCCUAAACGCUCCACCUGCUAGGUGGCGCUGCAGUCAACCAUAUACAAACGUACCUCGACAACGCUGCGGGAAUUCAAAUUCUGCUGAAUAAACGACAUUCGAGGAAAAUA